AUGGUGGAGAAAACACCCCCGAGUUCAGGCCCGUCGUCGCCUACAGCCAACGAGGCUACAUUUCAGCUGGAGCGCCGAAAGUCAGCCGAACAGGUGCGGAUCAAUAUCGAGAAGUUUGUCGAUGGACUUAUGAGCGAACAGUACACGCUUGCUCAAUUGCUCAACGAGAGCUUUUCGCUCGAGAUGCUGGAAUUGCUAUUUAAACGUAUGACUGGCCGUCUUCGAAUUAUCUUGUUUUCAAGAGAGAAAACGCUUGAAUUUAUUCGUCUUGCAUUGGAUGCAAGCUAUCCAAGACAUACACGUGCAAUGGCUGCACAAUUUAUAGUUGCUGGUGGCGCUAUGAAUGUUAUUGCUGUCUGUGAUCCAGGCAAACCGCACGAAUGCGCCGAAUUUUGGGACUCAAUUUUUGAUAUGCUACAGCGUGAGGCAGAUGGCGUCUCGUCUAAGUGUGAUACACCUCUUCGACGUAAAGAGCGCCAAGCAUCUGUCGCUGAACUGGAGGAGCUUAUUCAAGUGGCUGUACAAGUUUUCGAAAAAGACGGAGCACAGACAUUGGAGCAAAGUUUUGCAGAACAUGAAGAAGAGAAUAAAGAAAAAAAUGGAUUGGCAAGACGACGGGCAUCGUCUGCAAGGUCAUCUCUAGGAGAUUUUACCACGUUAAAGACCACGGCUUCACCGUUGCCUUCUCCUAGAACUCCAAAUAAGUCAACGAGCAACUUGCAUAUAGAUACAGCAAAAGAAGAGGUCACUGUACACACAGACAAUGCCGAGUCUGAUCACGAGUCCGAUUCGGAUGAUCUGGAUAACACUGGCAUUCCGGCUCCAUUGACCACCGAAGUCAAUGAGAUGGCCAUGUACGGUAUUUUCAGCCAUGACUCAGCCAAUUUUGCUUCGCAAGUCCUACGUUAUUUUGCAAUUCGUGGUCAAAAGGGUGCAUGUAUUUUGCACUUUUUAGCAGAGCACCCCGCAACUGUGGAUAUGUUGCUGGCUAAUGUUGGUCAUGACGAUAUUCGUAUCUUGUUACUGCAUCUCAUUUACGCUGAACACUCGGAAGCGGCCAUCACUUCGUUAUUUGAAACUCACAUGAUGCAAAAGCUGAUUCAAAAGCAAGUAACAUUUUCGCCACCACGCAAUGCUUUUGAACGGGACUGUAUCGAAAAUACUUUUAUGUUAUUGCGGGAAAUUAUACACGCGCCGUAUUUGACUGGACGUGGUGUAGCCAUUUCAGCGAAAACCAUACCGCUAGAUAAAGUGACUGGCCAAGAUGAGUAUGUAUCAAUCUGCGGAGCUUCGCGCGAAACCGCCAACUCGGCUUUACGCAAGUACACUUCGCGUAAAGUUCGACGACUCAUUCAUUUGUUUAUGCAGGAGCAUCAAGCUGCGCUCGAAUUGCUUUUUGUGCAGAUGAUUAAGGAGUUGACUUUCUGGAGUAUUCCGCUGACGCGUGAGCGACGGGGGAGCGUGGCUUCGAUUGAAUCGUUGGUGCUUUUGUCACAGGGGCAUCCACGUCCAACGUGCAUUAUGAUGCUCAUGCAUCUUUUUGAGCUGACAGAAACAGUGGAAUUUACCGAUACAAAAGGCACUGGAGGUUCCUCAGCUGCAUCCAUGGGCAUCGACUGCUUAAAUUUUUUAUGCUCGACUCACCUCAUGCGUCAGGGAAAUUUGCUGGUUAAAAAGAAAUUAAAGAAUGAGCUGCAAAGAUGUCAAGUAAGUUUAAAUUGUAUGAUGGGACUUCGCAUGACUGCAUUGCGUGAUGGUCAGGUAUCGAAUUCAGCUAGUUUAGACCAGGCUUUUACGCCAAAUUUAGGCAAUCAAAGUGUUAUCACGCUGGAUGAAAUGGAAAAUGUGCAAAGUUCUGACUGGCACGAAUUUGGCUUUAGUGUGACGAUAAGGAAAAAAGUGGUCGCUAAUAACAAAACCUCCCCUACUUCGCAACGCUCACCCACGGCCCCAGCAAAUGCGAUGGUACAUCAUCAACGUCGAAAUGAAAAAGAUCCUGAAGGUUCAACGAUACAAGUUAAGUCCAUCGAGUAUUUUGCUGCGUCGUCGGAAACCGAAAAACAGGCGUGGAUAACGCUGUUGCAGGCAGUGAUUGAUGGCGAUCUGAAUGAAUUGGAAAUAUUUUGUAGUGACGAUUGGCGUAGCAAUGUGCGGGAGUAUCGACGUCUACGUGAAUGUCUGAUCAUGUGUAUGGAGCGUAAGGGACACGAACUGAUGGUGUUUUUGAAACAAGUGAUCACAUUUAACACUCGCAAAGUGUCAGGAUUUCAUCUCUGGUCGGUUGUACAGUGUUUAAACGCCGUCUUAUCAAACGAGUCGAAACGUUUGGACCGAAUGUUUGUUGGAGCACAUGUGAUCACGACUCUUAUUACGUGCUAUGAAAAGUAUCCGAUGCGAAAUCUUCUGUUGGGUGAGAUUACAAAAAUGCUUGUGUUUUGUAUCGGCGAUUUUAAAAGCAAGCGCUCUCGCAAAUGCCCAAUUAUUGGGCGAAUCCUGCAAACGGAAGGUCCUGACGCGAAAUUAGCACCUUUACUUUGCAAAGUAUACCUCAACCGUGACACGGAUAAAAGUCACAGUGGACAAGAGGACAAUUUCUUGGCUGGAACGGACGCUAUUUCGAAUUUGAAGCUCGUUAUGGAAGCUUUAAAGAUGUGUUACAAGGACCCGAAAACAAGGAGUCAAGAACGUAUCCAAUGCGAAAUGAAGUCAAGCCCACUAUGGCGAAAGUUAGUUGAAGCAUCCGAUGACAUGACUGAGAAGGACCCUUUAAGCUGCAUUUUGACGACAACGGCCCCACCACUCUCUUCUGUAGAUAAUUUAAGCUCGACGACUGCACUUACACCUCCCACAUUCCAGGAGGAUAUUAUAAAUCAGAUAAGUCGACCAAGCUACUCUACAGCACACGGCUUUGGAUCAUCAUUUUUGGAAGGAGAAGGAUGUGCGUUUGGAUAUUUGUUCAAAGAGCGACAUGGCGGCCGUGAGUGGAAGAAGGCGCUCGUUGUGUAUGAAUAUGUUUCACAUAAGUUGUGGUAUUUCUACCCAAGUGAAGUGGAUGAAACACACACGAUUCAAUGGAAGUGGAUUGUGCCUUUAUCAGUACGAAGUCGCUACACACAUGGUCAAGACGAGACGCACACGUCUGUAGGUCACCAUGGUCUCUAUAUCACUGCGUACGACCACCAGCAAAAUGAUGAAGAUAGUAAAGUUUCAGCAAAGGAGAUGCAUUUCAGUGUCACUAAACUCGAAGAUCGAGAUCUGUGGAAAGAUUUGCUGUCGAACGCAGCCGACAUAGUACAAAAGCUAGCUCGAGAGUACUCAGUGCUUUCGCAGAAACUCAAAAAGCCGGACAAGAAGACAAUUACGCACUGUCAAGAUCCAAACUGCAAUACACCAUUUAAGCUCUUUCGCCGUCCACAUUCAUGCAAACGUUGCGGCAAAUGGAUGUGCGCUAAGUGCACAUCACAACGUAUAUCGAUUCCAGAAGUUGGUCUAUUGCACCCGGUUCGUCAUUGCCGAGCGUGUUUCGAAGCAAAUGGUGGUGUGCAUGCUGAGACUGAUCCUUUCAAUCUUUUCCAUCUUCGAAACGUGCCUACUACAGUUUCUUCACAAACUGGCAAGCUCUCUAACGCAGAGCUUUACGAACUUGCACAUGGCAAGGUCUCUCCUCGAACCCUUAUGCAAAUGAAUCGUCGGUUAACGCGAUUCUUAUCAAUUGACUCGCCUACAGCAGGCGAAAAUGGUGGUAGUUUCCUUGUAGACGAAAUCAAUGCGCCAGGAAACCUCGGCGCUGAGAAUUUAUCGGUGUAUACAGAUGAUGAAGAAGAUUUGUUCUCCUUCACUCCAUCUUUGUCACGUCGAAGCCUACUACAUCCUCGAGAAGACAUUCGCGGGUAG